GCCCAGGCAAUGCAUUUUUAGGCGUCAGUUGCCGCUCUGUGGAUCGCCGUUUCGGACGUCUACUAACUAUCAAAAUGUCGAGCACGGGUCAAUCAGCGCCGCCCGAUGUGCCUGCCGUGCCAACUGCGCAGCCUGCUAUGCCCGCUGCGCAUCCCGAACUGCCUGCCGUAUCUACUGCGCAGCUUGCUAUGCCCGCUGCGCAUCCCGAACUGCCUGCCGUGUCUACUGCGCAGCCUACUAUGCCCGCUGCGCAUCCCGAACUGCCUGCCGUGUCAACUGCGCAGCUUGCUAUGCCCGCUGCGCAUCUCGAACUGCCUGCCGUGUCUACUGCGCAGCCUGACACGCCUCCCGCGCAGUUCCUUGUGCCCGCCGCGCAGCCCGAAGUGUUCGCCGUGAACCCCGUGCAGGCCGCCGCACCCCUCGCGCAGUUCGCUGUGCCCGAAGCGCUGCCCGAAGUGCUGUCUCCCGAGCAGCCCGCCGAGCCCACCGCGGAGCCCAACGUGCCCGAAGCGCAAGCUGCUGAGCCCGCAGCGCCUCGUAGUGGAUACUGGCUUACGCGAGAACUAAUGCGACAGGCUCGUAUAAUGUUCCACAACGCAAAUUGCGUCACGCCGCCGGAGAAGCACUUCAUACUAUGCUUCAUGGCGGGCUUUAGAGAGCAUCCUAACCCUACCUUCGGUCACAUAGUAACGAUAAAACUAGCUGAAUUCAAGGAGAAUGUUAAACAAUCUGAAGAUACAUACAUCACGAUGUUGGCGGAGAUUCAUAUUCAAUUGAAUUACGCCAACGGGCAGUGGCUCCGUUUUAAGAAAUACCGGCCGCUGGCUGGUGCUGUCCCGCAGAAGAUACAGGAGGACUCCGUCGUCGCGUCUAAUCAAAAUGGCAGUUCAAAUUAA